AUGACCGAGCUCCAAGACUCAAUUUCUCCAUGUCACGAACGGGGGGUUCGUCCUCCUUACAACCCUCUUAUCAACCCAGUACAUUCCAAGCCGGUCCUCGUGGAAGAACACACCGAGUCCCAACGCCACAUCCUUCUCUCCCGCCCUUACUUCGGUGCGCUUCUGUUCGAAAACACCGCCUCCGAUGCCCGCGACCACUGCGCCAAUGAGCGCACUUUCCUCUCAUGGCUCCGUCUGUCGAUGUACUUGGCUGUAGUGUCACUGGCCAUCAUCAUCUCCUUUCAUUUCCGGGAUCAGCCCACCGGCCUAGAGAGGCGCAUGGCCCUACCCCUCGGCAUUAUUUUCUGGGUAUUGAGCUUGACUUGUCUGGCGAAUGGGUUUGCAAAUUACUCGCGUACGGUCAGGAAGUACGCGCGCAGGGCAGCGUUGGUGCAGAGUGGCUGGAAGACACAGGUUGUCUUCACGGUAGUUGGGACCGUUAUCCUGGGCAGUUGCAUUUUGUUUUUAUCGACGGAUCCGGCAGAGUAA